GCGCACGCUCAGUGUGGCCCACGUGGAACCGGCGCAGGGACGACCGUGAGUGGGGUUCUGCGCUGGGGUCUGAGAUCCGGAGGGGCCGCUGGUGGGGAUCGAGCCUGGGACUCAGCCGGGUGCGCGCAAGGUCUCCCAGGCUCCCCGUCCCUGGGGCCGCCCCCGCCCGUACCGGCGUGUUUUCCUGCGUCCCGGCCUUGGCUCACGCUCCGCUCUCUGCCUGGAAUUGAGCGUCUGUUGGGUACGAGAAAUAGGUAAAGCCCCACCCUGGCCCUUCUGUACUCCGCGGUCUAGAAGUGGAGGCGGACCAGAAAAUGACUCCAGUCGCGUGUGUUAAGUAGAUUCUGAAGACAGGAGGAGCUAAUGCCCAGAGCAGCACGUAACUGGUCUUCAGAAUGGCCGCAGCCCCCCAGGCACCAGGGAGGGGCUCUGUGCGGAAGACGAGACCUUUACCUGUGAAGACGUCAUUGAACAACCCGUACACCAUCCGCUGGGGUGCCCUGGACGGGGAGGAUAUGCACUUCAUACUACAGACCCUGGAGGACAGGAUUAAAUCUCUGGGGCUUCAGAAGACUGAGGACAGGAAGAGAAAGAAAAAGCAGCCCGCUUUGAAAACACAAAGCGGAGACACGUGCAGCCUGGAUGUGGACACCGGUGAGGAUCUGAAGGAGGAAAAGCCAGAAGGUGGGCCCCAGGCAUCAGGGUGGACCCCUGCCGACGUCAGAAAGCAGCUUGCCAUCGGCAUCAAUGAGGUCACCAGAGCCUUGGAGAGGAACGAGCUGCUCUUGGUCCUGGCGUGCAAGUCGGCCAAGCCAGCCAUCGUCACCGCGCACCUGGUGCCGCUGAGCGCCAGCAGAGGUGUCCCUGCCUGCCAGGUGCCCCGGCUCAGCGAGAGGCUCGCACCCGCCAUGGGCUUGACGUGCGUCCUGGCCUUGGGGUUCAAAAGAAACACCGCUGCCUUUGCAGAGGAAGUGAGGGCCAUCAUCCCCAGAGUCCCCCGUCUGGACGUGCCGUGGCUCCGAGGCACACUUGAAGACCCCAGGGAGAACCCGGAGAUGGAAUCUUUGGAAAGCCAAGACAAAGAGAUUUUGGACACUUCCUUCGAAGACCUCUCUAAACCCAAGAGAAAGCUUGCUGAGGGUCAGCAGGCUGCAGUGUUACAACCCCUGAAAAUAAAGAAACUGAUUCCAAACCCCAAUAAGAUAAGGAAACCACCCAAAAGUAAAAAAACGGCUUCAAAGUAAUCUUGUAUAAACCUGUCACUUCAUACAGUUGUAAAACGACACCUUGUAGAGAAGCCUUGAAAUGAAUAAAAUGACUUUUACAUAUA